UGUUCGAGUUGCAAAAGGGGGUUGGGGUUACGAUUAUAUGAUAGCUCCUCCUGGAAAAAUUGAAAUAAAAUUGAUCUGAAAUGAACUAGUCCGCAACUUUAACAACCCAAUACUGUGAAUUAAUAUUCUGAUGAAUAUCAAGUCAUUACAAGUGAAGAGAGGUAGAGGCCCAAGAUAACUCCAAAAUGAAGCAAAUUUUGAGUGGAAACUUCGGAUCCAGUAUUUUAUUACUCUCCAAAAGCUCUCGUCAUCCGAAAUCUGUGAUCAGUACGAGGAAUUUAAUGUCCGGAAAAUUGAGUAGAUUCUACCGACCACUAUUAUGUACCCCACACUCUCGGUAUUUCAUCAAUCCAAAUCGUGGAUAUGCGAUGAUUGUUGGCCGAGUGUUAAGGGGAGUCUUGAAAAUUCGGUAUUUAUUGUUGGGCGGUGCUGUUGGAGGUGGUGUGACACUCCAGAAAAAAUAUGAACAAUGGAAAGAGGGUCUACCAGGACUAGAAUGGAUGGAUAAUGUCAUGCCUACUGAUCAACAGUGGCAGGACUUUAGAGGAUCCUUAAUGAAUUUAAAAAGCACAAUCGGGGAUAAAAUCGAAAUUGAUCCUCGAAUUAAGGAAUACGGUGAAGCCAAAUACCGAGAAUACAAAUACUGGUUUAAUCAGCGAUUAGAGGAUGCAAUUAAGGCAGCUGAGAGUCAGAGAUUAGAGGAGCAAAAUGGGGAUAUGACGAGUAUAUUCGAUGCACUCAGAGCCAUAGUAAACCAAGUGUAUGCAGACACAAAAAAGGAACUGGCGAAGAGCUCAGUGGCGUAUGCCAGGCCUCUGAGUAGUGAUUACGAUGAGGAACGCAGGAAAGCUCAAUCUUCACAGCAAAGGAUGGAUGCAAUGCAGGACGAGCUAAUGCAGAUGCAAUUGAAAUAUCAACGUGAACUCGAGAGACUUGAACGUGAGAAUAAAGAGUUGAGAAAGCAGAUGCUGUUGAAGGGAAAUCAGAAGAUCAAUAGUCGAAAAAUUAAGAAAUCUCUCAUAGAUAUGUAUAGUGAUGUCCUUGACGAGCUGAACGAUUAUGACAGUGCUUACUCGACGGCUGAUCAUUUACCAAGAGUUGUGGUGGUGGGAGAUCAGAGUUCUGGAAAGACAUCAGUGCUGGAGAUGAUCGCUCAGGCUAGGAUAUUCCCAAGGGGCGGAGGUGAAAUGAUGACUAGAGCUCCAGUGAAAGUAACUCUCAGUGAAGGUCCUUAUCACAUUGCCCAGUUCAAAGACAGCUCACGAGAGUUCGAUCUCACGAAGGAAUCAGAACUAGCAGAUUUACGACGUGAAGUCGAGCUUCGCAUGAAGAACAGCGUGAAGAAUGGAAAAACCGUGAGUCAGGACGUGAUAUCGAUGUCGGUGAAGGGUCCUGGGCUCCAGCGUAUGGUUCUCGUCGAUCUCCCGGGGAUAAUUAGCACCGUUACUGUUGAUAUGGCUGAAGACACGAGAGAUGCAAUUCGCCAGAUGACACAGCAGUACAUGAGCAAUCCCAAUGCUAUUAUUCUGUGUAUUCAAGAUGGCUCUGUCGAUGCUGAGAGGAGUAAUGUCACUGACCUGGUAGCACAGAUGGAUCCUUCUGGGAAACGAACUAUUUUCGUUCUCACCAAGGUGGACAUGGCAGAGGAAAACUUGACGAAUCCAGAUCGAGUGCGCAAGAUUCUCUCAGGUAAACUCUUCCCCAUGAAGGCCCUAGGGUACUUUGCAGUCGUAACAGGUCGGGGGCGUGCAGACGACAGCAUCCAAACGAUAAAAGACUACGAGGAGAAAUUCUUCAGGAACUCAAAGCUCUUCAAGGAUGGUGUAGUGAUGUCAGGCCAAGUGACUACGAGGAACUUGAGCAUGGCCGUCUCCGAGUGCUUCUGGAAGAUGGUCCGGGAGACAGUGGAACAGCAGGCGGAUGCUUUCAAGGCCACACGAUUUAACCUGGAAACCGAGUGGAAGAACAACUUUCCGAGGCUGCGAGAACUGGACAGGGACGAACUCUUCGAGAAAGCUAGGGGGGAAAUUCUCGAUGAAAUAGUAAAUCUCUCCCAACUCUCCCCGAGGCACUGGGAGGAAGUCCUGAUGAUGAGAAUCUGGGAGAAGGUAUCCAUGCACGUCUUCGAGAAUAUCUACCUACCAGCAGCUCAAACCGGAGACACUGGUACUUUCAACACAGCAGUAGACAUUAAAUUGAAGCAGUGGGCUGAGCAGCAGUUGCCAGCUAAGAGCGUCGAGAGUGGUUGGGAGUGUCUCAAGCAGGAAUUUGAAAAUUUUAUGAACAGGGCGAAGCAGAGUACCGAUCACGACGAUAUCUUUGAUAAUCUGAAGAACGCAGUAGUCAACGAAGCCAUUCAGAGGCACUCCUGGGAGGAGAAGGCCUCCCAGAUGCUGCGGGUCAUUCAAUUGAACACCCUGGACGAUAGAAACGUCAAUGACAAGAGAGACUGGGACGAAGCUGUCCGAUUCCUCGAAAAUUCGGUUAAAGACAAGCUCCAAAGCACUGAGAAGAUCCUCCAGGAGAUGCUAGGGCCUGGGAGGAGGGAGAGAAUUUUCUAUUGGAAGAGUCAGACGGAGGAGCAGGCAAAACGGUCUGCUGUCAAGAAUGAACUCGAUAAAAUUUUGUAUUCCGAUAAGAGGCAUGCACCCACACUAACUCAGGACGAACUGACGACUGUUAGGAAGAAUCUUCAGAGGGGUGGGCACGAUGUGGAUAAUGAAUUUGUCAGGUCCACUUGGCAUCCUGUCUACAGGAGAUUCUUUCUUCAGCAGAGUUUGACUAGAACGUAUGGCUGUAAGAAAGCUUUUUACAUGUAUCACAAUGGGCAUGAGAAUGAAACCGAGUGCAGUGACGUCGUACUCUUCUGGAGGAUUCAGCAGAUGCUCAAGGUCACGUCGAAGGCUUUGAGACAGCAGAUCAUGAAUAGGGAGGCCAGAAGGCUCGAUAAAGAGAUCAAGGAGGUCCUCGAGGAUUAUAGUCAAGAUAGUGAGGUCAAGAGGAAAUUACUCACUGGGAGGAGAGUCGAACUUGCUGAAGAACUCAAACGUGUGAGGCAAAUUCAAGAGAAACUGGAAGAAUUCAUUCAGGCUUUAAACAAGGAGAAAUGAAUGAACUAAUGCAGAAUCUCUCAGACAUUUAUUAUGUAAGCACGCUAAUGUACAGCGAUCCUGGUGAUCGACAGCUUCAGUUCAGAUUCAUCUCGACAGUGUCAUUAAAAUAAAGAAUUAAAACAACGGUGUAACGAGGGGAAUGCCGUCAAACUCGA